CUCAUAAAAACUUGGGAAAUAAAAUUUUGCUAAUCGCAUCACUUGAUAACCAAGCGGUAUCUUUGUGCUGCGACCGAAUUCAAAUAAUUUUAGUUAUGUUAAAAUAUUGAAAAGAUUCAGCAUCAAAUAAUGAAGAAAGACGUCUCAACUCAAGAGUUGGGCAAGGCCAAUGAAGAUGGUGAUUCAGCCGACCAAACCGAUAGUAACAUUACAAACAUCUCAAAAAGCUUCGCGGAGAGCACCACCUUACAUGGAGUGUCCAAGGUAUUUGGGAGCAGGAGCAACGUAAGGAAAUGUAUUUGGGGGUUGAUUUUCAUCGGCAGUGUUAUCGGGUUCAUAGCUCAAUCAGUUACAUUAUUCGUGAGGUAUUUGGAUUAUCCUAAUGAUGUCAGCGUGGGGAUCAUAAAUCCGAAUUACCUGGAGUUCCCUGCCGUGACGAUCUGUAACCACAAUGCAAUGAAAUUAUCUAAAUUGAAAGACACACGUUUUCAGGAAUUUGUAGAUCUUCAAUCUCAGUUUAAUAGUAAAAAGGUAAAACCAUCAACACAAACGCCAGUCAGCACACCAUCUCCCGAUUGGACGGAUUCACUGACAACAUCAGCUGCAGAUGGUUUCACAUCUGCAACCUCUAAAUUUGACAAGUUUAUUCGAAUCCUCUCAGACAUCAGACCCCGGUGAUGUACUGGAAAUUAUUAAUCCAACACAAGAGGAAAUACGAGAGUAUGGGUAUACAGUGGAGGAAUUUAUCAGGCAAUGCAGUUUUGAUAAAUUGUUGUGUGAUAUAAGUGAUUUUAAGAGUUUUCAAGACCCGAAGUUUGGGAACUGUUUCACGUACAAUCAAGGGAGUGGAGAUGAUGUUAUCAAAACUUCGCAUUUUGGAACAAAUUAUGGAUUACGAUUGACGUUGGAUCUAGCAGACUCUGAAUAUAUUGGUGCACUGACGCAUGACAUAGGAGCCUGGGUGAUCAUCCAUCCUGCAAACGUAACCGCCCUCCCCAUGCAUCAGGGUUUCAGCGUUUCCCCUGGGAUGUUAACCCAAAUUGGCACACGUUUGGUAAGUGAUUGAGAGAAACCAAGACAAAGACAAAGGGUCUUUCAUUAGAAUAUUCUCUUGUAUGGAGGAGCAAGAUUGUAACGUGACACAACAUGAAGACAGUUGUAACUGUCCCCCACGCUGUCUGGACAUAUCAUACAAUACCAGGAUUACAACAGCGGCAUGGCCAAGCCCAGCGUACUUGCCAAUCUUAAUGACGGACAUGGGGUUAACUGUUAACAAGGACACCGUCGAACAAUUUAAGAACAAAGUCACGCAAAGUGUUGUCCGUUUACAUAUUUACUUUGAAGAGCUGAACUAUCAGACCAUAAAAGAGUCGCCUAGUUAUCCA